AUGCCUCCCUCAUGCUGUGGCUACCUGUCACAGUACACCCAUCAUCACCUGGUUGCGUUCCUCCUCACCUUCUUUAGCUAUGUUUUCCUGCACGCGUCCAGGAAGACGUUCAGCAACGUGAAAGUGAGCAUUUCCGCCCAGUGGACGCCUUCUCCUCAAAAUGGCAGCGCUCCCGCGUUCUCACCUGGCGAGACAUGGGAGAAAAACCGUCUGUUUGAGAAUGAAGAACAGGCGACGCUCUUUCUGGGGGCGCUGGACUCCAUUUUUCUAUUUUCUUAUGCUGUGGGUUUGUAUCUGAGUGGCGUGAUUGGCGACAGAGUCAACCUGCGCUAUGUGCUGUGCUUUGGCUUGUGUGGUUCCGCUGCUGUGGGCUUUAUUUUCGGGACGUUGACCGAGUGGCUCCACAUCUACAACGUCUACCUAUACUGCGGCCUUUGGGUGCUGAACGGCCUGCUGCAGUCCACCGUCUGGCCCUGCGUGGUCGCCGUCAUGGCCAACUGGUUCGGAGAGACUGGGAGUGGCUUCGUGUUCGGUUUAUGGAGUGCGUGCGCGUCAGUGGGGAACAUCCUGGGCGCUUUUUUAGCGUCCAGCGUACUGAAGUAUGGCUACGAGUACGCCUUCCUGGUGACGUCCAUGGUGCAGUUUGCCGGCGGAGUCGUGCUCUUCUUCGGGCUGCUUACUUCUCCAAAUGAAGUCGGUCUGAGUUCGGAUUGUCAGACGAGGCACGAUGUCGACACUCACAGGCCUCUAAUAAACGACGAAGAGGAAGAACAUGGGGAACGACGGCGAGAGCCUUCUAAAGCUGUCGGGUUCUUCCAAGCUUUCUGCCUGCCCGGAGUUCUGCCGUACUCUCUGGCGUAUGCGUGUCUGAAGCUGGUGAACUACUCGUUUUUUUUCUGGCUUCCUUUCUACUUGAGCAACAACUACGGGUGGAAGGAGGCCGAGGCGGAUCGGCUGUCCAUGUGGUAUGAUGUCGGAGGGAUCGUCGGCGGAACUGUACAGGGUCUCGUAACCGACUUCUUGGGAAAGCGAUCCCCGGUGAUAGCGUUAAGUCUCACACUCGCCAUGGCUUCUCUGGUGGGAUACAGCCAUUCGCCCAACGACAAGACCUCCAAUGCCGUCCUGCUGGCUAUCACCGGCUUCCUGAUCGGCGGUCCGUCGAACAUGAUCAGCUCCGCCAUAUCUGCCGAUUUGGGGCGACAAGAAGCGAUUAGGGGCAGUCGGGAAGCUCUGGCGACAGUCACCGGCAUCGUUGACGGCACUGGAAGUAUCGGAGCUGCUGGAGGACAAUACCUGGUGUCCCUCAUCGAGAGCAAGUUGGGUUGGGUAGCUGUGUUCUACUUCUUCGUGGUCAUGACAGGGACCAGCAUUAUGUUUAUCUCGCCACUUAUCUUGAGGGAAGUCCGCACCAUGUGGAGGGAGCGACAGACACGACAUCACCAGCUCUGA